UUUACUCAUAAACAUAGCAUAACGGAAACUAAGGACAUACAAGUGGACCUUUAUAUCUCUUAGAGUUGGCUGUGUGGUUGUGAAAUGUACAUUGGGAAGCUUUACGAACAUCUCAUUCUAAACCUCAAGAAAACAAACAGUACCCAUGUGGCAGAGAAUCUUUCAUAGACCGGAAAUCAAUUGAGACAAAACUCAAAAUGGGGAUGCAAAAAGUCAAAAUUCUAGUAUUUUUCAGGACAUAUAUAGAUAUUAUAUCAACAAUUUCAGUUUGUAUCUACUGCAUAGUCGCAUAUUUUGUUGUACAUUACGCAGCAUUAUUAAAUACUCACCAUAGACAGAGUCCCUCUCUAAAUGUUUAUUCAGCUAGCAGUCAGAAUCAAAAUGAUUCAAUCUCAAAAAGUUUAAAAGACAUUAAAUAUGUCGAAGACAAACUGUUGUGGAAAUAUCAAUCAGAAAAACUAACCAUCAAAAAUUCUGGUUAUUUUGAUGCUGAAAGAGAGAAUAUAUGUGGCAAAAAGUGCUGCAUAUAUUUAUAUUUACCAAGUCCUAGGGUUUUUGACCCAAACCGAACGAACCUGAUUGUCUGUCCUAUGUUUUCUCUAAAUCGUCUUGCAACGUAUUGUCCUGUAUUAGACGUUGACCUACAUGAUUCCGUGUUUUUCUCGACCUUGUCUUUGCACGGCUUUCGCUACACUGGGAAUGGGCAAAGUGUCACCUGUGAGGGCUGCGACAAUGAAGUUCAGUUGUCCCGUUUUGACUCGGAGCCUUCGAACGCAAGCUACCACAGAAACAGCAGCUGCAGUUACGUCAGAGAAGAAAAUAAUACACCAGAGGAUAUCGAUGUGAAUGCAGAAGACACAAGGGAAGUUAACCCUGUUUCAAACAAUGAGGAAACAAUGCGCGAGACUUCCCAGAGGUACUCACAGGCGACUGAAGAAGAUGAUGUUUCAACGUACAAUGCUCACAGGCGCAGUACGUAUGAAGUGACGUCUGCUUCUGUCGGCAAUACAGACAAUGCUGACAAUACUUUGAAAAACGAAGAAAGUCUAGCCACGAGUGAGCUAGUAGGAGCGACGUCUGCCUCUAAUUGUAGUUUGACAUUACGUACAUUUGAGGGUUACAGUGUUGGAAACUUUUCUUACCAUAGAGAGUACAGGACUAAACGAACCAGCAACGGAGGUACUGCUACUCUACCUCAAGACCACACUGAUCAUAGGCGGAAUUUAAAUGUCAGAGAGAACAGAGUUGUCGAUGCUUGUUACGAUGCUGAUUUGGAAUUAGACUAUCAAAUUGAACGACUAUCUAAUAGAACUGGCUUUGUACGUUACAACUGUAGUUCUGUAUCAGAACGGAAAAAAUCUUUUACCAACUUGAGACUCGUCAAUGUGAAUGGAUGGAUUCAAGAAUGGGCUGAAAAGGGACUGUUUUGUUCAGACCACGAGGACAAGAUAGUUCAUUGCAUUCAUUGUCAUUGGUCAAGAUGUCUGGAUGACUGGAAUUCAGAAGUGAUUCAAAGCUUACGCGAUCACUCUUGUCACUGUGAUAGACCUCAUUCAAAAACAGAAAAGUCGAAACCAUUAUCCAAAGGAAAAAGGCAUUAAGUACAGAUUAUUUAUUUUAUAUUGUCAUUGUUGUUGUUGAAAAAAAAAAUGUGUGUCUCGGUUGGCUGUUCACACUUGAUGGAGAGACAGAUAGAAUGUGAGAAUUGAUGAAAGAGAAGAAAUUACAACAAAAAUAAAAGACGUAUGAUAAUAAAAUGAUAGAAAGAAAGAAUAAGUCCUGUCAAUGAACGUUGAAUGGUGUAACUUUGUAGAAUGCGAAUGUCGUGUAAUACUGGGUUCUUGCUUCCUGAAGUACUCUAGACACGUGACAAGACAAACACUAUACGACUGACUCAAGUCCGUUCAGCAGACAACAUGAAGUUUAUUUUACUACAAAUAUAAUACACUGCACUCCUUGUUAGUGCUACAAGUCAAGAAAUAAUAAUCCUAUCCGCAUAACAGCGGUAUCAAAUGUAUCCAAUCUAUGUUAGUUACAAACCACGUCCGCAUCUCAGCGGGCAACACUGCGUAGAAAUAUAGAUCAACUAAUACAUGUCUCAAAAGACCACUGGCAACAACUGCCCACAAGUUACUUUCUAACUGAAAUUACUACAGACUUUUCUAAGUCGCUACUGUCCAUCCCGGACUAAAAUAUACUUGACCACUCGGUCCAAAGAAUAACACUUGACUUCUAACUUGACUUCACUUGUCUGCUUGACUUGACUGACUGACCUCUAAGUCUAACUUAAUUCAUUCUACUUCCUGUUUUCUACAUCAGGAAUUCCACGUGUCUUUUAAACUAUUAACAUGACGUGAACUUUAGAUCAUGCAAUGUCAACUAAGACUGUGACAAGUUCCUAACUCAAUGAUAAACACACACA